AUGUCGUUCGCUGCAGUCCGUGCUUCGAUUCGCAGGGCACCCUUCUCUGCUGCGAGGGCUCCCAGAGUCAUUCGUAACAAUGCCUUCCGAAAAUAUUCUACGGAUGUUCCACCUAAGCAAUCCAACACCGCUCUCUUCGCGGGCCUGGGAGCAGCCGCCGUCGGUGGUAUCGCCUUCUUGGUAUACACGUCCUCUUCAGACUCAGCGAAAGAGGCGGGCACGGCAUUGAAGUCAGGUGCCCAAGCCGCUAGGGUAGCAGCCAACUUUGUCCCCACUAAGGAGGACUACCAAAAGGUCUAUAACCGCAUCGCGGAGGUUAUGGAUGAAGCUAUGGACAAAGGAUACGAUGAUGGUUCGUAUGGUCCCGUGCUUCUGCGAUUGGCGUGGCAUGCGUCGGGGACAUAUGACAAGGAAACUGGUACCGGUGGAAGUAACUACGCCACUAUGCGCUUCGAACCUGAGUCUCUGCAUGGCGCCAAUGCAGGUCUGCACGUUGCGCGCGAGAUCAUGGAGGGAAUCCACAACGAGUUCCCGUGGAUUUCCUACGGUGAUCUAUGGACCUUGGGAGGUGUCUGCGCCAUCCAGGAGCUGGGUGGCCCUAAGGUCCCUUGGAGACCGGGCAGAAUUGACGGUUUUAUGGCCCAUGUUACUCCCGACGGCCGUCUUCCUGAUGGUGCUCUAGGUUACGAUCACCUAAGACAGGUUUUCUAUCGCAUGGGCUACAAUGAUCAGGAGAUCGUUGCGCUCUCUGGCGCGCACGCUCUAGGACGCUGCCACACUGAUCGCUCUGGCUUCGAAGGUCCCUGGACUUUCUCGCCUGUCAGUGUCAGUAAUGAGUACUUCCGUCUCCUCCUUGAGGAGAAGUGGGUCUGGAGGAAGUGGAACGGCCCUAAGCAGCUGCAGGAUAAAGGUUCUAAGACGUUGAUGAUGUUGCCCACCGACUACGCCCUGGUCCAGGACAAAUCCUUUAAGAAGUGGGUUCAGGCUUAUGCCAAAGACCAGGACCUGUGGUUCAAGGACUUCUCUAACUGUCUCUCUCGUCUAUUCGAGCUUGGCGUGCCAAUUUCGCAGUUCGUCAGCUCUGACCAAUGGGUCAUGAAGAGCACCGAUGAGAAGUAA